AUGGAUCUGCGCAAUAUAAUUCAGUCCACCCUGUCAGCAGAUGCCGCAGUCCGCUCUCAGGCUGAGUCCUCUCUCAGGGCCGCUGAACAACAUGCAGGUUUCAUCGCUGCCCUCUUGGACAUCAUCCAGUCCGAGCAGGACGCCUCCAUUCGACUCUCCACCGCCGUCUAUCUGAAAAAUCGCAUAUCGCGGGGUUGGGCCACCGAAAACACUCCUCACCAACCCAUCGCCGACCAAGAGCGAAAGCCCUUCAGAGACCGCAUCCUACCUGCUCUGUCCUCCUCCCCUCCGCUGAUCCGCGCCCAGCUUAUUCCUAUCCUGCAGACCAUUCUGCAGCACGACUUUCCUGCGAAAUGGCCCGAGCUCAUCGACAUUACCAUGCAAUUGCUGAACACUCAAGAUGCCAAUUCCGUCUAUGCUGGCUUGCAAUGCCUCUUGGCUGUCUGUCGCACCUAUCGUUAUCGAGCAGGGGAAGAGAGGGCCAACCUUGACAAGGUCGUUGUUGUGUCUUUUCCCACAAUUCUUUCAAUCGGCAACAAACUGGCCAAUGAAACCAGCCUCGAAGCCGGUGAAAUGCUGAGACUGGUGGUUAAGUGCUACAAACAUGCCAUCUAUUAUGCCCUGCCCCAGCCUCUUCAACCUCACCAGGCCACAGUCGAUUGGUGUACCUUGUUUUUGACCGUCAUCUCCAAACCCCCACCCGACUGUGCGAUGGACGAUGAUACCGAUGAACGAGAACGGAAUCAUUGGUGGAAGGCCCGGAAAUGGUCCUAUGCCAACUUGAACCGCCUAUUCGUGAGAUAUGGUAAUCCUUCGGGACUUUCCACACAACAAGAGAAGGACUACGGCGUUUUUUCGAAAAAUUUCAUCACAAACUUCGCUCCUGAAAUCCUCAAAGGAUACCUUCAGGAGAUCGAGAAAUGGGUCGGUGGAAACCACUGGCUGAGCAAGCCUUCCUUGUCGUACACGUUGAUUUUCAUGGAGGAAUGUGUAAAGCCCAAGGUCAUGUGGGACAAGCUCAAACCCCAUAUGGAUAUCCUCAUCAAGCAUCUCAUUUUCCCCGUUCUGUGUCAAUCGGACGAGGAUAUGGAGCUGUUCACCGACAGUCCUCCUGAGUAUCUGCAUCGCAAGCUGAAUUUCUUCGAAGAAGUGUCUGCCCCCGAUAUGGCCGCCACCAACUUCCUCAUUGCCCUGACCAAGUCACGGAAACAACAGACCUUGGGCAUUUUGUCUUAUGUAAACGAGAUUGUCACUCGAUACGAAGCUGCUCCGGAUGACCAGAAAAACCCGAGGGAGAAGGAAGGUGCACUCCGUAUGAUCGGUUCUCUCGCGCUCGUGAUUCUGGGCAAGAAAAGCCCGAUUGCUGAUCAGGUUGAAUAUUUCUUUGUUCGACACGUCUUCCCAGAAUUCAGAUCUCAGCACGGAUUUUUGCGAGCAAGAGCAUGUGAAACUAUGGAGAAAUUCGAGCAAUUGGAAUUCAAAGAUCCGAACAACCUCAUGAUUAUCUAUAGGAACAUCCUGGAGUCCAUGGCCGAUCCUGAGUUGCCCGUUCGCGUGAUGGCCUCCUUGUCAUUGCAGCCCCUCAUCAGACAUGAUGCCAUACGCCUGGCGAUGCAAUCCAAUAUCCCACAGAUCAUGCAUCAAUUGCUGAAAUUGAUGAACGAGGUUGACGUGGACGCUCUGUCAAACGUUAUGGAGGACUUUGUCGAAGUGUUUGCCGAACAACUAACACCCUUUGCUGUGGCGUUGAGCGAAAAUCUCCGAGAUACAUAUCUUCGCAUCGUCAAAGACAUUGUGGACCGGAACGAAGCAAGGGCAGUUGACGAUGGUCCUGCAUAUGGUGAUUACCUUGACGACAAAGCGAUUGCAGCCUUGGGUGUUUUGCAGACCAUUGGAACCCUCAUUCUGACAUUGGAGGCAACACCUGACGUUCUCCUGCUGCUCGAAACAAUCCUUAUGCCUGUCAUCACAAUCACACUGGACAACAAACUGUAUGAUCUUUACAACGAGGUGUUUGAGAUCAUUGACUCUUGCACAUUUGCUUCCAAAUCAAUAUCCCCGACGAUGUGGCAAGCAUUCGAGCUCAUGCACAAAUCAUUCAAAGAUGGAGCAGAGCUAUAUCUGGAGGACAUGUUACCUGCUCUGGACAACUUUGUCACAUAUGGUACCCAGAGAUUGAUUGAGCACCCUCCAUACCUAGCCGCUGUCUCUGGAAUGGUCAGGGACAUCUUUGCUGACCCGAAGGUGGGUGGUGUGGACCGUAUCUGCGGCUGUAAACUUGCAGAGGCGAUUAUGUUAAACCUGCGAGGUGGACCGAUCGACAGCUACAUCCCUACUUUCAUCACCCUGCCGAUGGAGGUGCUCACCGGCCCACAGGCAAAGUCAAUCAUGAAGAGCUACAAGAUUCAUCUCGUCGAGAUGGUCAUCAAUGCCCUUUACUACAACCCCAUCCUUGCACUACAGGUCUUGGAAUCACAUGCCUGGACCAACAAGUUCUUCUCAAUAUGGUUUGGUAGCAUUGAUUCGUUCCGCCGAGUCCAUGACAAGAAAUUGUGCAUCGCGGCUAUUUCAGCACUUCUUAUCAUCCCUGGCGACCAGGUCCCUCAGUCAGUACAGACCGGCUGGCCUCGUCUGCUAACUGGUGCGACCUAUUUGUUCCGCACCCUUCCAGCUGCACUAAAACAACGGGAGGAUGCAGUCAAGGCGUCCGAUGGUGUUAGUGACACACUGUCGGAAUAUGCCUCCGAUGAUGAAACAGAGGAUUGGGCGGACGAGCCCAGCGAUGGACAACAGGCACAUGAAUGGGGCAAUGUCAAUGCGGCCACCAUUCCUGACACCAAAGGCGAUAUCAAGGAUGAGUCGCAGGCUUACCUUGAUUUCUUGAGUGAAGAGGCGAAGAAGUUUGGUGCUCUAGCUGACGAUGACGAUGAUAGCAUCCUCGAUGAAGACAGCUUGCUCGAAAGCCCCUUGGACAAAUUUGAUCCUUAUACUACGUUUAGGGAGAGCCUUGGGAAAUUGCAAGCUGAGCAACCGCAGCUUUACACCAACUUGACUUCGAUUUUGGAGCCUGGAGAUAGGGAUGUCUUGCAAAGUGUUGUUACGCACGCCGCUCAGCAGCAACAACAGCAGUAG